CGCAUUUAUGCGCGCUCACUGCUCCGCGCGGCAGCUUCGCUCUCGUUUCCCGAGAAGAAGCGGGUUCUUGAAAGAAAAAAUUGUUCUUCGAGAUCGCGUUAAUCGCGUGCGCUGAAACGCGAAAAAGAAAACAAGACAGAGCACAGGCGAGCGACCGAUGCGAGAACGCGCGCGAUUCGUCGCCGCAGCCGCGGGGAAGAUGCGGUGAGAAGUGAGUCGCGAAAGGAGAGUCGAAGCUAGACAGACAGGCAGCGCGCGAGUUGGCCAGUCGACUAGGAAGUCGGCCAUCUUGCUUUAGUGCACGCUCGGCCCUCGUAACGGACAGCUCGUCUCUCCGUGUUCAAAACCACCCUUCUCGGGCGGUCGUGCCGUGCGCGGGGCGGUGGCAGAGAGCAACAAGCCGAUCUCUCGUUGGGUGAGAUCGCUAAAUCGAGUCUUUUGCACGUCGAAAAGAAAUAGCGCGCGUGUGUGUGAGAGUGCGUGAGAGAAAGAGAGCGCGAGACAUAUAUCGUUAGUGCGGCGUAUACCGAUCGAACGUGUUGUAACGCGGCGGCGAUCACUACCACGGCGGCAGGAUGGCGGGCAACACGGGUAUGGAACAGUUGAUCCCGAUCGUGAACAAGCUGCAGGAUGCGUUCACGCAGCUUGGCGUGCACAUGCAGCUCGAUCUGCCGCAGAUCGCGGUGGUGGGCGGCCAGAGCGCGGGCAAGAGCUCCGUGCUCGAAAACUUCGUUGGCAAAGACUUCUUACCCAGAGGCUCGGGUAUUGUGACAAGAAGACCUCUCAUCUUACAGUUGAUUAACAGUACAACUGAAUUUGCUGAGUUUCUGCAUUGCAAAGGUAAAAAGUUUGUGGACUUUGAUGAAGUUCGGAGGGAAAUCGAAGCGGAAACGGAUAGAGUAACUGGAAGUAACAAGGGUAUUUCUAACAUACCAAUUAAUCUCAGAGUAUAUUCACCAAAUGUUCUAAAUUUGACGUUGAUCGAUUUACCUGGACUUACGAAAGUGCCCAUUGGAGAUCAGCCAGUGGAUAUAGAGGCUCAAAUUAAGGCGAUGAUUUUCCAGUUUAUCAAACGCGAAAACUGCCUCAUAUUAGCAGUCACGCCGGCCAACACUGAUCUGGCCAACAGCGAUGCUCUCAAACUCGCUAAGGAGGUGGAUCCACAAGGUGUACGUACAAUUGGCGUCAUCACUAAAUUGGAUCUCAUGGACGAUGGCACCGACGCGAGAGACAUCUUGGAGAAUAAAUUGUUGCCUCUGAGAAGAGGUUACAUCGGUGUGGUCAAUAGAAGUCAAAAAGAUAUAGAAGGACGAAAAGAUAUCAAAAAUGCUUUGGCAGCUGAGCGAAAAUUCUUUCUUAGCCAUCCGUCUUAUCGUCAUCUAGCGGACAGGUUGGGUACACCGUAUUUGCAGAGAGUUCUUAAUCAACAGCUAACUAACCAUAUCAGGGAUACCUUGCCGGCUCUAAGGGAUAGAUUACAAAAGCAGCAGUUAGCUUUAGAAAAAGAUGUUGAGCAGUACAAACACUUUAGACCCGACGAUCCUUCCAUCAAGACAAAGGCUAUGUUACAGAUGAUACAGCAGCUCCAGUCAGAUUUCGAAAGGACUAUAGAAGGCUCAGGUUCGGCACAAAUUAACACUAAUGAACUCAGUGGUGGCGCAAAAAUUAACAGACUUUUCCACGAGCGUUUUCCGUUCGAGAUUGUUAAGAUGGAAUUUGACGAGAAAGAACUCAGGAGAGAAAUCGCUUUCGCUAUUAGAAAUAUACAUGGUAUCAGGGUAGGAUUAUUCACUCCAGACAUGGCUUUCGAAGCGAUAGUCAAGAAACAAAUAAAUAGACUUAAAGAACCGAGUCUCAAAUGCGUAGACCUAGUCGUAGUAGAACUUAGUAAUGUUGUGCGCAUUUGUACAGAUCGGAUGUCGCGUUAUCCCAGACUGAGAGAAGAGACGGAGCGUAUCAUAACGACGUACAUCAGGCAGCGCGAACAACUAUGUAAAGAGCAGCUGGUUUUGUUAGUCGAUUGCGAGCUCGCGUACAUGAAUACGAAUCACGAGGAUUUCAUCGGUUUUGCAAACGCUGCAGCCAGUUACCAUAAUGCAAGUGCGCAGCAAUCCUCCGAGAAUGCCGUUAAAUCUGGACGACACACAUUAGGCAAUCAAGUGAUACGCAAGGGUUUCAUGUGCAUACACAAUCUCGGUAUUAUGAAGGGUGGCUCGAGAGACUAUUGGUUUGUGUUGACGUCAGAGAGCAUCUCCUGGUACAAGGACGAAGAAGAGCGGGAAAAGAAGUACAUGUUGCCUUUGGACGGACUAAAACUGCGCGAUCUAGAGCAAGGAUUUAUGUCGCGGCGUCAUUUGUUUGCGUUGUUUAAUCCAGAAGGAAGGAACGUAUACAAGGAUUACAAGCAAUUGGAAUUGAGCUGCGAGACUCAAGACGAAGUCGAUUCCUGGAAGGCCUCGUUCCUAAGGGCUGGUGUGUAUCCCGAGAAAGCGACGGAACAAGCAAACGGCGAAGGAGAGGAAGGAUAUGAGGGUGGUGCAGAGGGCCAGUCAUCAAUGGAUCCUCAACUGGAACGUCAAGUGGAGACCAUCAGGAAUUUAGUGGACUCUUACAUGAAGAUCGUCACGAAGACUACUCGUGAUCUGGUUCCAAAGACGAUUAUGCAUCUUAUUAUUAAUAAUGCUAAGGAUUUCAUUAACGGAGAAUUGUUGGCUCAUCUAUACGCAACUGGCGAUCAGGCUUCUAUGAUGGAAGAAUCUCCUGAAGAGGCGCAGAAACGGGAAGAGAUGUUGCGCAUGUAUCACGCAUGCAAAGAAGCUCUCCGUAUCAUCGGGGACGUCUCUAUGGCCACAGUCUCGACCCCAGUACCACCGCCUGUAAAGAAUGACUGGCUGGCAACCGGCGAGAAUCAAAGUCUUGGAUUAUCGCCACCAUCUCCUGGUGGUCCAAGACGCGGAGUGACACAGCCACCACCUCUUUCUAGCUCACGAGCACCACCACCAGUACCUGCAAGCGGUCGACCGGCACCAGCCAUUCCUAACAGGCCUGGUCCAGGUGGGCCGCCACCAGCGCGAGCUAAUCCUGGCCUACCUCCACCUAUGAUACCAUCUCGAGGGGGUGGUCUACAACAGAGGGUGACGCAAGCUGCGACACAGGCUGCGACGCAGGCCGCCAUGAACGAGCUAAUGGACGCGUUCAAGAUCAAGUAAAUAGAUUCACUAACUGAGUUUCGAGAGUGUUACUCGUAUAAUAACAUAUAAAUGUACAUGAUGAGUAUUUCUUUCUUUUUUUUUGUUUUUUUUCAAGUUGCGCAAGUAGAUAUGGUAGACUGUUCAGGGUUGAGAAUGAACUAAUUCCAAGUGUUUCCUCCACUUUGAAUAGAUCUUUAACAAAACUCCGCAGAAUAAUUGCUAAUUUGGCUCUCUGUUUCUCUUCCCCCGUAUCUUCUUUUCUCUCUUGCAUGGCGUUCUGUAAAAUUUAAUUAACGGUCGUGCCUGAGAAAUUAAAUCUGUAUCACAUGACGUGUGUAUACGUGACAUUUAUUCACACGCAUAUUUGUGUAAAAAAAACGUAUAAUCUAUUAGAGUUAUAUAUCUGUAUUAUAUAUAUAUAUACUGUAAGGUAAAGAAUAUUCAUAUGUACAUCUGUGUCUUUUAUGUUAGCACAGAUAUUUGUGUAUAUUCAUUAUCUAUAAUAUAUACAAGUAACGAAUAUAUAUAUAUAUAUAUAUAAGUAUAUGAGAGCACUAUGUAGCUGUAUAGUCUGUGCGAUAUUUCUGUAUUACCUUCAAUGUUCUUAGAAGAUUAUUUUCUAAAAUUAUUGAUCGAGCAAUAAAAAAAUAAAAAAUUAAAAAAACGCGUUGAACAGUUUCACACGUGAAAUCAAAGUAUGACGAUCAGGAGAAGCUACAAAUUUUAAAAAUACAUAUGAUACAUACUUGUAAGUAAGAAGAAAAAAACAACUAACAAGCUGGACUUUAACGUAGAGAUUUAGCAAGUUGAUCCAAUUAUUGUUAUUUUCACACUGUAUGUAAGUGUGAAAACUCGCACUCGUAGUAUUGUUAGAGAGAGAGAGUGAAUUCUAUAAGAGAAAUAUAAAGUUUUUCCUCUAAACUUGCGAUAAUAUACUUGCAUCCAGUGAAUCUAUCCUGGAAAGUCUACCAGAACCUGAGAAUGUGAUCGACAAGUAGCUUUGCAUUAAUUGUAGAGAGAACAUUCCAUCAUUCAAAGAGCGAGUUUGAUAUGAUGAUGAUUAAUUAUUGUAGCAGAGCGAUUGUAUAUCAACUGCAUCCGAUAUAUGCAACUACUGAAACAAUUGCAUUAUCGAGGAAAGCGUCAAACUCGCGUAUGAAUUCUAUAUAUAUAUAUAUAAAUAAUAAAUGAGAUAGAUCUAAGAAAAUGUCAUGCUGUUGGGAAGGUAGCUGAAACAAAUUUAAAUAUAUAUAUACAUAUAUAAAUCCAACUUGAUUCAAAAAUGUUAUUCUUUAAAAGAAAAAGCGUGUAUUGUAUUUAAAAACAAAAUACCGCGCGAAGUCCUCUCUCUAUUUCUGUCUACCUUCUGCAACGUGUUAUUUAUUUUAUUCUCAUAUAUAGCCAUUAAAAAUAAAAAUAAAAAUUAUAUAUAUAUACACGUCAUAAAAGAGAAUUAAAAUAACAAAUAUUACGUAGUCCUUAUGAGAUAUGAACAAGAAAAACAUGUGCUCAGACAUAGGAUGUGAUAUAGCGUAGAGUGCUUCAAGGAUUUUGCAUGAAAAUCCGAAGUUACGAAACAACAACAAAAAAAUUCUCUUUCUCUUUCUCUUUCUGGAUAGUUCAAUCUGUAUCUAAUCGAAAGAGUUAAAUAGUUUAUCACAAUAUUACGUGCAAUAUAAAACAAGAGUACAUCAUAUAUUCGACGAACACACAUUUCAGGAAGCGAACGUGUUGUUGUCUUGUAUUAUUUUAUAAUCGUUUCUUCCGAGAGAUAAAGAGCGCGCUCCCUCAUCAUGCUUGCAGUGCAACUAUAUAUGUAUAUAAAAUGACAAAUUUUCCUCGUGUAAUUAGAUAAUAUAUGUCUUUGCCUAUCGCAACGACGUGCUUCAAACCCCGUAUAGUGUUCUUCAUGUAUUACAAACUUCCCGCGUUCUUAUGAGAUUCGAAAGACGAACAGAGAACACACGACGCAACUUUACAAGCCUAAUGCAUAAAAUGAACGUUAGAUAUUCUUGCAAAUCCUGCUAUACACGGAGCGAUUUAUGUUCUCAUUUCGAGCGCGCGUGUUUUCGCGCAAUAAUCCGAAAAGAAACUGAAAGGCGGCGAUCGAAGUGCAAUUAAAAACAAAAUAAAAACAAAAUAUUUUUUGUUACAGUAGGAUGUAUUCUUGGAUAAUAAUAAACGUUAGAGGAACACCGGUGAAGAGGUCUUUUUUCAUAUUAUUGCGCUGUUCGUGCUUGCAACAAGUGUCUCAUUAUCGCACACAUUGAUAAAUCAACUUAUAUUCUUUUUCCUGAAUUUAUGUGUCAACAUUGAAAAGGCCUAAUAGCAUUCAAUGUAGUUAUUUCUUUUUACUUGUUUUAACUCUCGCGGACGCGUGCAAUAUUUAUUUAAUCUCAACACAGUUUCUCUCUGAAUUAUUGGUAAAUGACUUAAUUAUUAUUUAUUUUGCCUGUCAAUUUUGCGUGAAAAAGCUCCAUCGCUCCUUCUUUGAAGCACGUCGUACGCAACACACGUCUGAUUUUGCGUAUAACACAAAAAGAAAGAGUGGCGAUACAAACGAAAUUCUGUGCGCAGCCGUAUAAAUGACACUAAUGAUAUUGUACAGUGUACCUUUUAUAUAUACAUAUAUAUAUAAAAUAAAUAUAUUUUAAAUAUAUAAGUUUAAAUAUAUAAACUUAUAUAUAUUUAAAAUAUAUUUAUAUAUAUACAUAUAUAUAUUGCGUAUAUAUUGAUCCUUUGAAACAAUGUCAGAAUAUUAAAAAUUAAUUAAUUGAGAACGCAUCGAAAUAAGAGAAACCUCAAUGUUGAUUAUAUAAAAAGAAUUAAUAUAUCAAUUUAAAAAAAAUUAUCACUGCGCUACAUAUAUUAUAUAUAUAUAAUUGUAAGUAAUGUUUGUAGAUUUGUUUUUACUGUGACGCAACAGUGUUUAAUUCUCAUUAGGGAUCGUGAGAGGUUUCCGUUCUUAUACGCGUUAAGGUAUAUCGUUCGGUUUUGUUAUAGCGCGAGUUGCUUAAAAACACGCGUAACGAUAUAAUAUAAGAACGGAUGGGAAUCAAUAGAGAGGAGUCUCUCUUUACGAGGCGCGUAGCUUUCGAUCGGGCAUAUCAUUAUGAUACGUGCAUAUUUUUUGCACCGAAAUACUUGUUAAAACUGAUAAUGUUGUAUUUAGAGUCUUCUCGAAUUUAGUUUUCUAUCGUGUGAAUCUUCACCUUCGGUUAAUGUAUUGACCGUCUUACUCAACGUCUUACAACGAAGGAUAAGCGUCUAUAAUUUCAUUUAGCUAUUUUAUCAUCUACUUAUACAAAUGUUAGUUUAAAUGUACGGUCAAUUUAAGUAGCGUGUAACGUAUACGUUGCCUUCGAAGAGAUAUUCGUUUUCUCUCCUAGCUUUACGUUACUUCACCACUGGAGUCGGGCGCCUCGUCAUAACGCCCGACGUUAAGUGUGUAAACAAAUCGCGCCAUAUCGGUGAAUAUCAACUUCUGUAUUUGUUCACAAAACGGAGAAGAGAGAGAGUGUUACGAUAAGAAUUAUAUAUAUAUAUACAUAGCGAUCGCGAUACACACUUUACACGAUGCAUUAUAUACAUGCUUCCAUCUAAAGCCUUAUAUGUCUCUCAUUCUAGUUAUGCUUAUCUCGUGUAAAGCUAACACUGACUAAAGAAACAAGUAAUGUAUUCUACUAAACAACACUGCGGGUUUUCUAAAACGCCGCAUAUAUA